CUGGAGCAGUCAUCAGUUGCUUCUCUAGUUUGCCUGAGAGUUCACGGUUAGCUAAGCAAGCCAGCUGCUGCUAUUUUUUUGUGUGCCAAACCCGCCGAAAAUAAACAAAUCCGAAAUAAACAUGAAUUCCUUGAUCCUGUUGCCCUUGUGCUUUGCUGCCUGCAUGGCUAGCGUGGUCCCCGUCGGGUUCCUGCAACACCAGUACGUGGCGCCUGUGGUGCACAAGACCUCUCAUGUGGCACGCACCCAGUACCACAGCCAGGACAACUUCGGGCAGUACAACUACGGAUACGCUGAGCCCAAUGGUGCCAAGCAGGAGACUCGUCAUGCUGACGGCACCGUCGUUGGCUCUUACUCGUACCCGACUGCUGAUGGCUCUGUGCUGACCAACAACUACGUCGCUGACGAAUUCGGCUUCCGGUCUUCCCUGGCCCCGACUGCCCACAAGGACUUCGCGCCCGUCGUCAAGGCCGCCUACGACGUGACCGCCCCCAUUGUGGCGCACUCCGUCGGCGCCUACGUCGUGCCACAACCCGACCUCCACCUCACCAAGCGCGUGGACGCCUUCGUCCCUGCUGCCGCCUACGGCUACUCCAACUACAUCCAGCACCCUGCUGCUUACGGCUACGGCCCUGCUUUCUCUCCGUACCGCGCAUACAACAAAUACUAUUGAAUCAAAUCAAAAUUUUCAAAAUAAAUGAAAUAAUGGAGGAAAAAAAAAAACAACCAUGCUGACUUUUGAGGAGCUCUUGUCCUUGAAAAUCGCUACUAGUUCAACUUGUUUUCAAGUCCUAUGCUUAUUGUUGCCAUCCCGGGGUGAAUAUCUUUUUUUUUUUUAUACAAUACGCGCCCUUUUGCAGCUCUGUUUAUUUGUGUCGCGGAGACGAGAAACAUCAAACGGCAUUCUGAAAUGAACGAACAAUGGAUCUUAAAUGUGAA